AUGGCGGACAACGACGUCGAAAUGUCGUCGGCACCCGACGCUCCAAAACCACAGGGAGCUCCAGUACCCUCCCGUUCUAUAGAAGGAUGGAUCGUUCUGGUUACUAAUGUUCAUGAAGAGGCCGGCGAAGAAGACCUAAACGAUCUCUUUGCGGAACACGGCGAAGUCCAGAACUUGCAUUUAAAUCUGGACCGGAGAACGGGUUAUGUCAAGGGUUAUGCAUUGGUAGAGUAUUCGACUAAAGAGGAAGCGCAGAGUGCCAUUGAUUCCAUUGAUGGGAGUAAGCUGUUAGAUCAGACGGUCAGUGCUGAUUGGGCGUUUGUAAGGCCGCAGGGGGCGAACGCUAAUGGUGGUGGUGGUGGGAGGGGAAGAGGGAGGGGGACUCAGGGAGGUCGGAGACAAAGGAGUACGAGCCCUGUGAAGGCAGAAGGAGGGGAAGAGUAA